CUGAGUGGGGUGGGCUCUUCUUUGGGCAUGGGCGUUUGUGUGCCAGCGGCACCAUCUGCUCACCGGCGGGGCCUUCAGGGUACAGGGAGGGAGCCCCCAGCCCCACCCUCAGCCCCCUCCAGACUCAGUGGGGUCCCAGGGGCUGGCGGGGGCCUCCCCUCGCUCUGUACCCGCUGGCUGGCUCUGAGGCCAGGUCUGUGCCCUUCCCACGCUGCACCCGCCCAGGGGAGCAGAGCCCCAUCCCUGAACUUUGCCAGGUCCCCAGUCUCCACCCCGGGCUUCAGGACCCCAAAUCCAAGGGGCCUUGAUCUCUGACCCUCUAAGUGAGGGGCCUGACCGGCACCCCCAGGGCCAGAGGCACAGGGCCCCCCACUGGUUCUGGGAAUUCUGGAGCUUUCUGGGGAGAUGCUUAGCCCCAGCCAGCGCCCUGCUUGGGGAGGCCUUGAACAGCCUACAACCCUCCCGUGGGAUCGGAGGGCUCCUACGAGGGGGAUGGGGCAGUCAGCGUGGGGAGGUGUCCAGCCUCUGGGAGGGCAGCUGGGAUCCUGUGGGGCCGGUUCAGAGACUUGGCCCAGUGUCCAGGUGUGUCCAGGGGUUGGGCCUCUGCCAGCCAGGGUCCCGGAGACCGUAGCCCCGAGGGACAGAAGAAGCCCAGGAGCCCAUCCCUGCUGAGCCCCAGGCCCCUCCAGCAGGCCUUUGCCCAAGGGCAGGAGGCCAGUCGCGGUGAUGAGGAAGCAGGUGUGUGGCACCAGGGACCAUAAACCCAGUUUCAGUUUUGGUAUCAACAGGGUACAAAGCUGGGGCUGGGGAGGAGCCAUCCAGGGGGGCUUCCUGGAGGAGGAGGUGGAGACUCCCUGGCUUCAGAACCUGUUGCUCUGUCACUCCCUGGUGUGACCCUUCUCUGGGCCUCGGUUUUCUCUGCUAUAUGUUGGGGAGAAGAAUGGUUCCCCUCGUCACAGGCUCUUAUGAGAGGCAAAAAAGCUGCCGGUGUGAGAUGCCCAAUUACGAGGACACCCACCAGGAGCUGGGAGGCUCUGAGCGCUAUUGCUACUCAUUUGCACAGAGUCCACGAAGCCUCCAAGAGGGCGUUUCUCCCCGAGGGUUUCUCUGCGCCAGGCACCCACUCAGGCCUCCUUGAUCCUCCCCACACCCGGCGGUGGGGUCAGCAACGUCCCACUUUACAGACAGGGAGACUGAGGCUUUUUGAGAGGGAAUGCCUGCCCCAAGGUCACUUCGAGAUCGGUGGUGGAUCCAGGGUAUAAAUAAUAACAUCAGCCACUGCCGUGAAAGCAUUUAUCGAGCACCUACUGUAUACCAGGGACAGGGCGCCGAGUCUUCACGGCAGCCCUUCGUGGUGGCAGCUGCGUGCUCUGGACUCUGCCUACUGUCCAGGUGUGGACACUGAGGUCGGAAGGGAGACUUGCCCAAGGACACAGGCGAGGGGGACCCCACCCCACUGACCUCAGUGAAUCACCCAGAAGGAAUGGGCUGAGGAAGGAGCAGUCCCCCACACUGCCCCACCCACAGGCAGACUUGACACCCUCUGGGCGUGCGGUUCUUUUUCCCGGAAUGUGACUUAUAAAUCCUGCCGGGUGAGCCUCUGGCCCCGCACUAGGCAAAUGGUUCUGAGUCAGUCCUGCCACACCUGCCCGCCGAGGGGAGCUGCAGGGCGCGGGCACCAGACCUGCCAUCCAGGGUGGGCUGGGGCUGGAGGGUUGUUUUGGAGGGGCAUCCGGGUCUGGGCCAGAAUGAGCCCAAACCCUGGGCCCUGAGCACCCAGAGUGAGAGCCAGCCACUGUGUACCUGCUGUGUACCAGACUCCAGGCUGAGGGAGGGGGUGCUCACCUGGCCCACUGGGAGGGCGAGAGGGUCCUGGCUGAUGGCUUCAGGUGGGAGGUGACAGGCCUUAAAUAGAACCCUCUCCCUUCAGAGAGAUGUGCACCCCCAGCCACUUUCAUCAUUGGGACAGAGGCUCUGCCCACCUGGCUGGAAUUUAUUACCCAAGCCUGCUUGUUUUUUAAUAUUGUUUUCUUAAUUAUAGUCUCAAUAUUUGAAAGAUUGCGUGAUACUGCGUUAGGUGUAACAUGGUUCCCCAUGAUCAACUUCAUGUUCAGGGAGGGUCUGCAUUUUUCUUUUUAAAACCAUGUUUAGCUUUCACAAGCAAGUUGGUGUAAAAAUGCAGCGAUGGACCCAAUAGCUCUGGUGGCACCGGGGGGCCAAGGCCGGGGAACCAUGGGUGCUUGAGGAGUUGAGUUCCUCUCCUCAGCUGUAAAACGGUGGCUCCACACUGUGCCGGGCUGGGUACACACAGGAUGAUCAGGCCACAGGUUCUGAGGGUGGGGACAAUCUGGCGGCGGGGGUGGGGGGGCUCCCUGGAGGAGGUGUCCUGUAGGCUGUAGCUAAGAAGGCUGUGGAGGAACAGAAAUAAGGGUCGUUCUGGCACAGGGAGGAGGAAGAGGGUCGACCUUGGGGUCUGGUGCCUGCAGAGUUUGGGGGUUUGGCCUGAGGCCGGAUGGCGGUCUUGAGAGCCCUGGGUAGGGUGUGAGGAUGCCAGGAGUCACAGAGGUGUGAGAGCAAGUGCCGGGCCUUCACAACGGCUCCUGGAGCUGUGCUCAGAGGGAGCCGGGACUCUUGGGAGGGGGGCUGGGCCCCCUGGAGCACUGGGUCAGGGUGUCGCCCGGCCCAGCGGGACAAGGUCCAAGGCGCUCCUUAGCCCAGCCUGGCUUUAUGGUGCUGAGAAGGAUUGUCUGGGAUGGGACAAGGUGUCCUGCUGGACAGGUGCAGGAGAGAGAACCAGGGUGUGGGAGUCUGCUCGUCACCACCCCUCUCUGGGUCUCAGUUUCCCCACUUGACAUCCCCAAGAGAGGGGCAGGCCCACUGGGCUCAUCUGUAAAGGUCAGAUGGAAAAAAUCACAGAAGGAACCUCAGGGUGUGUGUGCCCUGGGAGAGAGGCUGUCUAGGGGUGGCCCUGGGUCUGGAAGCGGUGAACUGGGUGGAAGGCUUACCCUGCAGGGUGUGCAAUGUCUGGCAGAGGAGGUGGGAGGGGUACCUGCAAAUGUUAGACACACAGGGGCCGAGUCGUUGGGUCAGUACGGGGGCACCGAGGGGUUCAGGUGUGGCUGGAUCCAGGAGCUCAAACAAAGUUUUUAGGAUGCUGUGUUGGGAUUGGGGGUGCUCUUAAGCAAGGUGCGUCCACAGGAGGACACAUAUGGCCCCCCAACAGCUCUCGGCCUCAUCCAACCAGCCUAAUAAGCCCAGUGGGAAGAGGGUCCAAUUUUCCACGUUAAUUGCAAAGUCCCAGGAUUUCACGUCAUUGGCCAGGUUGCAUCACAUGUCCAUCCCUGAAGCAAUCGCAGAGGCCAAAGGGUGGAAUGUUCUGAUUGGCAGGGCUGGGUCACCUACCCUUCCCUGGGCCAGUCACAGAGGCCACUUGGCCAGGACUUUGCCCUUGAAGGGAGUGGGAUUGCACCUCCCCCCAGGUGCUCUGACCUGGUGGCUGACAUGUCUUUCUCUUCCCUCAGUGAGCCCAGAUCUUCUCCACCCUGGGAUCCUCUGGUGGGCAGAGACCCCAAGAACAUGGACCGAGUGACCAGAUACCCCAUCUUCAGCAUCCCCCACUCACCCCGUGUGGCCGGCAUGGCCUUCAAAGGCGACACCAGCUACUCGUUUGAGCUGGUGGACGUGAGGUCCGUGGCCAGAGGCUGGGGCCAGGAUGAGCCGGUGGCCUGGCCUGCUGACCACGAGGCCUCUCUGGAAAUGGUGCAGACAGGGACACCCCUCAGCCUGCAUGUCUUCCCCGGCCGGCUGGCCCCACAGCUGCCCUGCCCGGAGGACGAUGAGACGGAGGUGAAGGCCUACCACCGGGAGGCUGGGGACACCCCGCCCUGGCGGCCACGUGACCUGGACUGGGAACGCCGGGCGGUCAUUCAGGACCAGGCGGUCAGGAAGAGCGGCACGGUGGCCAUGCUCCGUGGCACCCCUGACCACGGGGAGCCCAGGAGCCCCGGCCGCCCGCAGUCCACGCCGCUGGAGGAGAACAUGAUUGACACAGAGCAGAUCGACUUCCUGGCAGCCAGGCAGCAGUUCCUGAGCCUGGAGCAGAGGAGCGCUCCACCCGGGGCAGCCCACGCCCGUGCGGGGGUUCCUCGGAUCCCACCACCUGGGGCCAGCCAGGCCUCCAAGGCCCUGAACGGGCCACCCCUGGUCAAUGGGUGUGUCGUCCCAGUCAAGCCUCAGGAGAAGGAGGUGGUCACGGACGAGAAGAGGGUCCACAGUUUACCCGCCAGCUCUGGUGCCCGAGCCUCGGAUGACCCUGGUUCCUGGUCCCAAGAGGGGUCCCCGGAACCCGCCAAGGAGACGCCCAUUGAGCGGGAGAUCCGGCUGUCCCAGCAGCGGGAGGCAGACCUCCGGGAGCAGCGGGGGCUGCAACGGGCGGCCAGCCAGCAGGAGCUGCUGGAGAUCCCGGCCAGGCCGCUGCUGAGCAAGGCGAGCCCGGCCACGGCCCCGCGGCCGCACAGGGGGCGCCCGUCGCUCUACGUGCAGCGGGACAUUGCUCAGGGGUCGCAGCGCGAGGAGGACCACCGGCGCGAGGGCCUGCAGGUGGGCCGGGCGUCCACAUCCGACUGGUUCUCCGAAGGCCCCCAGCCCAUCCUCAGGAGAGUCCACAGCGCAGACUCCAUCCUCAGCCCGACCCCAGAUGCCAGCGCAGCCAGCCCCACACCAGAGGUGAGGAAGGUGAACCGCAUCCCACCUGAUGCCUACCAGCCAUUCCUGAGCCCCCGGACGCCCCCGGGAGGAUCCCCAGCCUUCCACACCUACCGCAAGCCCAGCGGUCUCUCUGCCGAUGAGGCCAGGCCUGUGGGCUCUCCAAAGGCCACGGGGUCUCAGAGGCAUCCCUCGGGAUCCUCUGCAAAGCCUGCAAGCACAAAGCAGGAGCCUCCCCGGGGACCCCUGUGUGCCAACAGGGGUGUCGUGCGAUGGGAGUACUUCCGCCUGCGUCCCUUGAGGUUCGGGGUCCCGGAUGAGCCUGAGAAAGCUGAGGCCCCCCGAGUUUGGGGCUGGGAGGUGGCUGGGGCCCCGGCACUGAGGCUACAGAAGUCCCAGUCAUCAGAGCUGCUGGAGAGGGAGGUGGAGAGUGUCCUGCGGCGGGAGCGGGAGGUGGCUGACGAGCGGCGGAGCGCUCUGUACCCUGAGGUCUUCUCCCUGCCUCCGGACGAGUGCUGUGACGAAGAUUCCAGGAGCUCCUCCCGCGCAUCUGGCAUCACGGACAGCUACUCGGUGUCUGAGUCACACUUUUUCACCCCCAUCCACCUGCACUCCAGCCUGGUGUGGACGGCAGAGGCCUCACCUGAGGAUGCCCCCAGGCAGAGAAAGAAGAAUGAGCAGUGGUAUGCCGGCCUCAACCCCACUGACCAAGUCAACUCGGAGGUCUUGGAGGCCACACGGGUAACCCGCCACAAGAACGCCAUGGCGGAGCGCUGGGAAGCCCAGAUCUAUGCCAGCGAGGAUGAGGAUUGAGCCUGGGGCCGGGCGCCCACCCCCUGCCCUGCCCUGCCCUGGGCCCUGGGCCCUGGGCCCUGGGAACUGCGGACCGUCCUGAGCCCCCGCCUUAGGACAUAGGUUCCUCUUUAAAUCCAGAUCCAAGAACCUCAAAUCUCAUGCUGCCAAGCCCAGGGGUGGACGCACUUUUGGGCUUGAGGUUUUUCUUUUCCGCUUUUCUUUUCCUGCAGAAAUCGUUGUGCUUUCUGGGUCAAAAGCUGGGGAUGACUCCUUCUGCCCCUAUGAUGUUGCCAAACGCUCUUGGGUCCGGGGAAGAAGGAGACCAAAUCCCCCACCUCCAGAUGUAAUUGUUCCCGCUAGUCUGAGAGGGGAGACGCUCAGCUCCUGCUUCUGGGACAUCCCAAUCUAACAGGGGAGACCUGCCCUGCUCCAGCCCUGGGAAACCUCCAGUCUGAGGGCCAGCCCCGGACAGAGAAAAGGGCUCGACGUGGGGUCUGAAGGGGGUCCUUCUGUCCCCCCAUGAAAUAAAGCAGCUGUGGGGCCGUCCCCCGCCUGGUGUGGUCGGCCGCCCUGGACCUCUCCCUCCCCCUCUGCCUGCUUCACUUCUCUGGGUGAUGUCACUGCCCCCAGGGCUGCUGCUUCCUGCCUCUGCCCCUACCCCACCCGGGCUGUCCCCCACAUCCCUGAGUGUAGUAUACAGAAGGUGCUCAAGCAGUGCUUGUUCAGUGAGCAAGUGACCGUCUCAGUUCUCCCACGUGGCCCCGUCAGUCAUGCUCGGAGCACUUAUUAAGCGCUUGCGGAGUCCCCAGCCCUUCUGGCUUCAGGGGAAGUUGGAGGGGUCUUUAGUUAGGCUCCGCGUGUGUACCGGUGGAGGGGUCUUUAGUUAGGCUCCGCGUGUGUACCGGGGGCACAACCCCCGCAGAGAAGAUCAUCGUGGGCAAGGCCAUGGGCAGCGGACUCAAACCUGGCUCUGCUGCCCCUCUGUGUGGCCAAGGGGCCCCUCCACCUGCCCUGCCUCUGUUUCCCGCCCCCACCCAUGGGGAUGGUGAUGGGACCCCUGGCCUUGACCCCAGAAUGACCCCGAUGGCAGCCCCCUCCUCCCACCGGCCUGGGCCUCCAGAGGCUAGGAGCAACUGGUGGCAACCAGCCAGCAGGGCCUGUCCCCUCCUGCUGCCCCCGGCCCCUCUCCUCCUUAAAACUCCUUCCCCUGCAGUCGCCGCAGGGAAAACGGCCACAGCUAUUCUAAGAGCGGCAUCUUGAAAGCAGCCCACGCGGGCCAGGGAGGCUCUGUGGCCUGAAAUAGCUGAGGCUGUGGGUCUCCAAGGGUGCCCGGGGCAGGGGUAGCUGAGGUCGAGGGGGGCUGCUUCGGGCAGACCAGGCCAUCUGAGGCAGGAGGGCAUCUGUCCUCAGGGGGAGCGCCUGGGCCCGGCGGCGUGCUCCUCGGUGGCCAAGGUCAGCUCUUCUCUGGGGUUCCAGCCCCAGGAACCAAAUGUGGGCCCCCGCCCUUCAGGAAAGCAUUUUGGGGCUUUAGAUACAACCUGCCUGAGUCUCGCCAGGUCCUCCCCCAUGUCCCAGCACAUCCUCACCCUGGUGUCCAUGGGUCGGUCCCCCUGGUCCCCCUGCUCUGAGGAUGUGAGUCUCCUGGGGUGACUGGAACAAGUCAUCGUGAACAGGGGGCUUAAACCAGCACAGAUUGGUUCUCUGACAGUCCUGGGGGUCAGGAGUCCGACUCGGGUCUCACGGGGCUAAAUCCAGGCGUGGGCAGGGCUGGUCCUUCCGGAGGCUCCAGGGCAGCAUCGGUUCUGCCUUUUCCAGCUUCCAGAGGCGCCGCAUCCCUGGCUCGCGGCCCCUCCUCCAUCCUCACAGCCAGCAGCGCAGCAUCUCCCGUCUCUCUCUGCCUCUGACCAUCCUGCCUCCCUCUUAUAAGGACCCUGGGAUGACGCUGGGCCCCUCGGGGCAUUCAGGGUCCUCCCCAUCUCAGGGGUCUUAACUCAAUCCCACCUGCAAAGUCUCCUCUGCCCCAUGACACGUCUGCAGUUCCCGGGACCAGGACGGGGACGUCAUGGGGCCGUUAUUCUGCUGACCAGACGCAGAAGGACACACAGUGUGUGGUUCCACUCACAGGAGGGCCCUGGGGGAGUCAGAUCCACAGAGACAGGAAGUAGAUGGUGGGGGGCCAGGGGCCGGGGGAGGGGUGGGGAG